AUAAGACCUGUCGCCCCGCCCCCUCGCCGGCUCUGCAGCCAAUCACCGUCUGCGGCCUCAACCGUUCGACCAAUGACCGAAGCCGAUGGGCGGGGCUAAGCCUCCAAACCCCGCCCCUCGCUCUGCGGAUCUCCUCGCGUGACGUCACCAAAGCGCAGCCAAUCAGAGCGCGGCGCGGCCCCUGCAAGGGCGGCGCGGGAGACCCCGUGGGUAGCGAGAGGCGGACGGAGCCAAGAUGGCGGCGGCGGACGGAGACGAUUCGCUUUAUCCCAUCGCCGUCCUCAUCGACGAGCUCCGCAACGAGGACGUGCAGGUACCAACAUGGCGGCUCCGGGCCGUUACCAAACCGCUUCCGGUCGGCCUUUACCGGCGGUUAUUACCGAUGGGAUCCGACACCAUCUAUGAUGAGGACGAGGUGCUGCUGGCGCUGGCGGAGCAGCUGGGAACGUUCACUGCCCUCGUGGGGGGGCCAGAGUUCGUCCAUUGUCUGCUGCCCCCCCUGGAGAUGCUGGCCACGGUGGAGGAGACGGUGGUGAUGAAUAAAGCCGUGGAGUCACUACGUGCUGUGUCCCAUGAACAUUCACCCGCCGACCUGGAGGGACAUUUCGUGCCCCUGGUCAAAAGGCUGGCGGGGGGGGAUUGGUUCACGUCCCGCACCUCGGCAUGUGGGCUAUUCAGUGUCUGCUACCCCAAGGUCUCCAGCCCCGUCAAGGCCGAGCUCAGGCAGUACUUCCGCAACCUGUGCUCCGACGACACCCCGAUGGUGCGACGCGCGGCCGCCUCCAAACUGGGGGAGUUCGCCAAAGUGCUGGAGCUGGAGCACGUCAAGGGGGAGAUCAUCCCCAUGUUCUCCAACCUGGCAUCGGAUGAGCAGGUUAUAGGGGAUCCCAUAGAAACCCAUAGAACACCAUUAUACCCCAUAGAACCCCAUAGAACCCAUAUGCGGUACAUGGUGGCUGAUAAAUUCACUGAGCUGCAGAAAGCCGUGGGGCCGGAGAUCACCAAGACGGAUUUGGUCGGGGCCUUCCAGAACCUCAUGAAGGAUUGUGAGGCCGAGGUCAGGGCGGCCGCGUCCCAUAAAGUCAAAGGAGCUGGUAUCGGACGCCUAACCAACAACGUGAAGUCGGCUCUGGCGUCGGUGAUAAUGGGGCUGUCCCCCAUCCUGGGGGGGACUGGGAUGGACUGGGCCAUACUGUGGGGGCGCUGUGGCCGUCAUAGCAUGUUCCUGGUCCAUACUGGUCCAUACUGGUCUAUACUGGUCCAUACUGGUCCAUACUGGUCUAUACUGGUCCAUACUGGUUUCUCGCAGGGCGUGGAGUUCUUUGAUGAGAAGCUGAACUCGUUGUGUAUGGCCUGGCUGGUGGAUCACGUGUACGCCAUCCGCGAGGCCGCCACCAGUAACCUGCGCAAACUGGUGGAGCGAUUUGGGCAGGACUGGGCCCAGGGAACCAUCGUCCCCAAAGUUCUGGCCAUGGCCACCGACCCCAACUACCUGCACCGCAUGACCACGCUGUUCUGCAUCAACGUGCUGUCGGAGGUGUGUGGGCAGGAAAUCACCACCUGUAUCCCCGAUAUUCUGUCGGAGGUGUGUGGUCAGGAGAUCACCACGAAGCAGAUGCUGCCCACUGAUGCUGCGAAUGGCGCCGCUGACGCCGUGAGCCACGUCCGCUUCAACGUCGCCAAGUCCCUGCAGACGCAUCGGGCCUCAUCCUGGAACACCAGCACGCUGCAGAACGAGGUGAAGCCGGUGCUGGAGAAGCUGACACAGGACCAAGAUGUGGAUGUGAAAUACUUCGCACAGGAGGCACUGAGCGGUACGGGGGGUAUGGGGUCAAUAGGGGCUAUCAUGGGGUCUAUGCUUGGGCUCAAUGGGCUAUGGGAGGCAAUGGG